AUGGAAGCUUCGAGAUCAUUUUUUAGUAAACUUUUAAAAUUAAACUCAAUUUAAGGAAAUAACUAUUUUCCGUCUAAUAGUAAAAUAUGGUACUUAGAUUGCUCAGGUGUUUAAAUACCUACUUCUGCUGUAUCCUAAGGUAUUCCUAAUUCUGAUUUACAUAUUUAUAUUAUAGCUUAAAAUACUCCGUAAAGUAGACAUUUAGCAAGCGCUUAGAUUUGUGGUUACAAUGAUUAAUACAUGAGACCUUCUUUUGGUAGAAUUUUAUUUAAUUUGGCUAAAGUUGGUUAAUAAUAAAGCCAUGAAUAAUUUUAGAGUGAUCUAGAAACUACUAUCCAUGAGAUUUUACAUAUCCUAGGUUUUAAUGGAUUCCAAAUGUAAUUUUGGAUAAAUCCUAAGACAGGCUAAUAUUAUGGAAAAAGUGGAGUAAAUUAAAUAAUAAAAGUAGUAACCUUUAGAGGUCUACCAACAAAAAUAGUUUAAACAAAAAACAUUGUUUUAACUGCUAGGAAAUAUUUUGAUUGUCCUGUUAUGGAAGGUAUGUAACUUGAAAACCAAGGAGAAGAUGGCUCUUUAGGUUCGCAUUGGGAAUAACUACUUGUCUAAAAUGAAAUCAUGAUUUCAAGUCGAGUAAAUUCAGGUACUUAAUUAUCAAUUUUUACUGUUGCUUUAUUAAGAGAUACUGGUUAUUAUACUGAAGUAGAUGAAAACAUGUCAUAAAAACUUUAUUGGGGUAGAGGAAAAGGAUGCUCAUUUGUAAUUGAUGGAUGCUACAGUAAACAAAAAAGCUUUAGUGAGUUCCCAAAAUAAAAAGGAAUUUAAUGUUCUUUCGAAAAUGAUGGAUAUGGAGAACCUUCUGCUACUCCUUACACAGAUAGAUGUUAAAUUAAAAUAGAUGCUUUACUUCUACAAGCUCUAAUGGAGUUGAAGUAAUUCAAGAUAGUUAAAGAAGAUGUCAUAUUUUUUAAUGCUCUCCAGAUAUGA